CGCCUAUAGCCACAAGCGCAUUCACGCCCCUGCCUGCACUCAACACCCACCACUGUGGCCGCCCGCCUCGACUAUGAGCCAUUACAAGGACGUCGAGUCCGGCGCCGAGCACAAGUCCGAAGAGCAUGAAGCCCUUCUCCCCCAGUCCGACGUCUCAGAACCCGAGCCGGCUCGUACGAGCAGUCCCCGGCAAUCGAGCUACGCAUCGCACCCCAAGCUCUACACCGCUGCCGCAUUCCUCGCUGGUAUCCUCUCAUGUCUCGCAGUGCAGUACGUCGUGUGUUCGUCACCGAGCGGCAGCGACGUGCCUACGCCGCACCGUAACGUCGAGGCCUUCGCCCCGCCAUACGCUGGCUCGUCUGAGGCGCACAACUUCCCGCCUGCUUCGCCAACAAACGUCUUUCCAUCCCUCUUCCCCACGUCCGUCGGCUACGCGGGCCCGACGCCGACGGGCGCAGAGCCUGCGCUCAUCGCGACCGCACCGUCGUACCCCGUGCACACCGGCGCGCCGAACCUCGUUGCGCCCGCAUUCACGGGCAAAGGCAACAAGACGUCGUCCAGGUUCGACCUGUUCAGGCAUUGGGGCAACCUCUCGCCGUGGUUUAGCGUCGAGCGUGGCGCGUUUGGCCUCGACUCAAGCCCGGACGUGCCAGAGACGUGUCGUCUCACCGGUCUUCAUCUCCUGCACCGCCAUGGCGCGAGAUACCCUACUGAAUUUGCAUCAUAUGGCGGUCCGGCGAACUUCUCUGGACGUCUCAAUCAGAUCGCGUCGAAGUGGACAACCACGGGUGACCUGGCUUUCAUGAACGAGUGGACAUACAAGCUUGGUCAAGAAGUCUUGACUCCGUUUGGUCGCGAGCAGUUGUUUGAUCUGGGUAUUGCGACACGCAUGAAAUACGGCUUUCUGUUGAAGAACUUCUCCGAGACCAAUACAAUACCCGUCUUCCGUACAGAGUCGCAGGACCGUAUGCUUGCAUCCGCCUUGAAUUUUGCUCUUGGCUUCUUUGGCUACCCGCUCGACGGCCUGUACCAACAAAGCAUUACUAUUGAGGCGAAAGGAUUCAAUAAUACUCUUGCUCCAUAUAAGACCUGCCCGAACACUGACGACAAGACCAAGGCGGACCGCGGAACGUGGUUCGUGCGCAAGUGGGCUGAGGUCUAUCUUAAGGACGCACAAGCACGCCUUGCACCGCAGAUACACGGCUACAACCUGACGAUCGAGGAUGUGUACACUCUGCAGCAGAUGUGCGCGUACGAGACUGUCGCCAUCGGCUACUCUAAGUUUUGCGAACUGUUCACCGAAGACGAGUGGGUAGGUUUUGAUUACGCAAUGGACUUGUAUUUCUGGUACGACUCGGCCUUCGGCUCCCCUGUCUCCCGUAUACAAGGCAUCGGGUACGUCCAGGAGCUUGUCGCGCGGCUGACGCACACGCCUAUUGCGACACAUAAUUCCUCGACGAAUGCGACGCUAGACGACAGCCCCGCGACGUUCCCGCUCGGCCAGAGCCUCUACGUCGAUGCGACACAUGAGGUUGUCGUGCUGAACAUUCUGACGGCGCUAAACCUCACCAACUUCGCCGCGUCGGGGCCGUUGCCGUACGACCAUAUCCCGUCGGAUCGCUCCUUCAAGGUUUCGCAUCUAGCGCCCUUCGCGACGAACGUGCACUUCCAACUGCUUUCCUGCACCUCUGUACCCGACCCGCAGAUCCGAAUUAUUGUGAACGACGGUGUCGUGCCAUUGACGUCGAUCCGGGGCUGCCCCAUGCAGGAAGAUGGACUCUGCCCGCUUGACACGUUCGUCGACGCCAUGAAGGAGAUGAUUGCCACCACAGACUGGGCUUGGGGCUGUCAUGGUGACUGGAGCGUCCCUAUUGGAUAUGACUGGAACACUACGGUUGGAUACCCGCCUGCACCAGUGUAAGCUUGCUUCUGUGGCUUAGAUAGCGUCGUUUCAGACUUUAUACAUUAAUCUGCGUUGUCCGGUGUCGCAUGUUGCCACUAGAGUGUAAGCUUAUGCGCUUCGCAUCCAGACCUGCGAUGUAAAGCCUUAGAGAGCUACUCUAUUUUACAUUCUAGUACACUCAUACAAUAACAUAAUUUUACGCCUUGCAAAAAGAUACAACAGAAAAGCAGCUGAACCAAACAGGGGGCGGAUAAUCGUGACAGACAGCGAGUGCUAAGAACGGUGGAUAUGAAGGGGUGCCGAGCAGGCCAUCGGGUAGGAUAUUUAAGCCUCCCGCCUCCUCGCGCGCGGUCGUUCGUUCUCUUGCUCUUCCCUGUCGUGAUACAGCGUACUCGUGCUACGCUGCCCUGUCCUCUCUACGAUACUUGUACCGUCACGGAACCGUGUUCUAAAGAGGACAUUCGCGUUCGUGAAGAGGCCCUCCUUGAGACUGACCACGAUGAACUGGCUGCCCUUGAAACGGUUCCGAAAGAGCUGGCCGAUGUGCUGCGUGUGGGACAGGUCGAGCGCCGCAUCGAUCUCGUCGAGGAUGUACAUCGGUGCCGGCUUGAACUGCAGGAGAGACAUGAUCAAUGAAAGUGCGAUGAGCGACCGCUGGCCACCACUGAGUUCGGUGAGGCUCUGCUUCCAGACGCUGCCAAGGCGGACUUUGACUUCGAGACCUUGUGUCAAGUCCUGGCCCUCGGGUGGCUGCAACUUAGCAGUAUUGCCAGGCAGAAGCUCCGCGAAAAUCUCUCCGAAAUCCUUGGUGACUUUAGCCCAGGUGGCCUCGAGUGUAGUGAAUUUGAACUUGUCAAGUUCCUCGAUAGUCUUCUCAAUUUUCUCGCGAUCCUUGAGGACCGUCGCGAGUUUCUUCUCCAAUGUGGCCUCCUGCUUCUCGACACUGUCAAUCAUGUUCAUGGCCUUGGGAUUGACCUUCUUCUUCAUCGACUUCUGCUGACCCUCGAGCUCACGGAUCUUCUCUCGUAGGCUUUGCACGUCAAGACCUGAAAAGUCAUAAGGCGUACCAGAACGACCGAACAGGGUCUUCUCGGACUCGAUCCAAUCAUGCUGCUUUUCCAGAGAGGCAAUAGAGUUCACCAUCGCUUGCUUCUCUUUCUGAGCGUUGGCUACAUCGUGCUCGAUUUGCUUGAGCUGUAGCUGUGUAUCGGAAAUAGCUUGUUUCUUGGUCUUGAUUGUUGACUCAAGGUCCUUCAACUCGUUGUCGUAUCGCGUGAGAGUGGCGCGCUCUUCGGACAGCCGAGCUUCCGCCUCUUGGUAAGCAGCUUCCUCGGUCUUAUACUUCGCAUUCAGUUGCUCAAGCUCUUUGCGUAGUUUAUCGACGCCAGCUUUGGAUUCUUCCAAUCCUUCUUGGUCGGAUUCCAGAUCUUUCUCAAGUUGUUCUGCAAAGCGAAAAGAUG